UCACCCCCAUAAAAACCCCGACUACAUUAUUCUGCACAAAACCCUUCCCACUGCCCACUUGCAAGACUUCUGAAUUUCUUUCACGUUUUCCUGGAGUUGUCUCUUGCACAUAACUCAAGGUUUAAAUUUCCACUGCACCUGAAGUAAUUGAGGGUUGUGGUAACAUGAAAGGCUGGAUGGCUUUGGUCUUCUGUGUGGUAGCCCUGGCUGCAUGUGUAAUAACUACAGAUGCCAAGGAGUUAUCCAUCACCACUAUAAAGGAGGACCCAUACGCCAUGAGCAGAGGCUCUGAGUUGGAGGGCUACUGCGUUGAUUUAAUCUCUCAGCUCUCUAAAAAGCUGGGAUUCAAGUACAAACUGCAGCUAGUGAAGGACAACCGAUAUGGCGCCAUGGACUCCAGCGGCAACUGGAACGGUAUGAUUGGUGAGGUCAUCAGAGGGGAGGCUGACCUGGCUGUUGCCCCGCUGACCCUCACUGCAGUCAGGGAGCAGUUUGUGGAUAUGACCACCCCCUUCAUGCAAACAGGAAUCGGCUUCAUCCUGCGCAAAGACCUGGCCUCUGAGGAGAGCACCUUUGGCCUGUUGUCACCCUUCUCCACCGACAUGUGGGUCGGUAUCCUCAUCGCGUUCCUGCUAACAGGUCUCUGCAUAUUCCUGGUAGGCAGGAUCAGUCCCACCGAAUGGGCUGAGCCAGACACAGAGAAGCAAAGCUUCACCUUACUGCACAGCUUCUGGUACAUCACAGGAGCUCUCACCUUGCAAGGUGCUGGUCCUCACCCUAAAGCCUUGUCUGGGCGGCUAAUCAGCGCCAUCUGGUGGCUGUUUGCGAUACUGCUGCUCGCUUGUUACUUUGGCAACUUGAACUCCCUGUUGCACUCAAACAACAAACGCGUAUCCAUUAAGAGCUUUGAAGACCUGGCUAACCAGGAUGUGAUUGAUUAUGGGACUGUCGAGGCUGGAUCCACCAUGAUGUUCUUUAAGAAUUCCAACAACCCUGUGUACCGGCGUAUCUACCAGCACAUGGAGCGUAAGAAGAGCUUUGUGUCCAGCACCGAGGAGGGAGUCCGCCGUACCCAGGAGGGAAACUUUGCCUUCAUCGGAGAAGCAGUAUCCUUGGACUUGGUAGUGGCUCGCUACUGUAAACUGACUCGUUCACAGGAGGUUGUCGCCAUGAGGGCCUAUUCCAUCGCAGCACAACAGGGCUCCCCGCUGGUCAAAAACCUAACCAUUGCCAUCCUCCAGCUCAGUGAAUCUGGCGAGUUAACAUACCUGCGCGACAAGUGGUGGGCCAGCAGCUGUGUGGGUGCUGACAGGCCCCACACCUCCGAGGCACUGCAACCCCACGACCUGCGAGGCCUCUUCCUCCUCCUGGGAAUGGGACUGGGUGUUGGCCUCCUGCUGGCCCUGCUAGAGCUCCUGUCCAGGGCCCGCAACCAAGCGAAGGAUGGCAAGAAAUCGUGCUGCUCUGUGUUGACAUCAGAGCUGAACAGGCGAUUUGGCAGUGGAGGAGAGAAGGCAGAGCAAGACAGCUCAGACAAAAGCAAAGCCUAAAAAAAGUGCACAUGUUUACAAGUUUACAAGUUAAUGAUAUAGUGCCAUAGAUGAGCAUAUGCUUAAGAUGAGCCUCUGUCCUCCAGAAAAGCUUGCAGACCACAUUGAACACACCAGCUAGCAUAUUUAGCAACAAAGCAAGGAACUUAGAGUUUCACAUCGCAAAUACUAAUCACUCUGAUUUGUUUAAUGUUCAGUGUUAUGAUAUCAGAUGUCCACCGCCACCCUCCGCCUCACCCCCACCCUCACUAAUGUAGGUAUAUUUCUUUUUGAACUAUAACACUUUUAUAGCAGUUUUAUAUGUUUCUAUUUUUUCGUAUCUUCCAAAUAAAUCCCCCAGUAUCCCAAAUGCACUCUUGUUUGUUUUCUUGCUUGUUGUUAGAGUUUGGUAGAGACCUGCUCUGUUGGAAAAGUGUCACGCUGACAGGCUUUCUCCAACAAAGUGUCAGCACAAUAGAACCAUGACGAGUCUGUUGAUCCUGGGAGAGUGGGAAUUCCUCUACUGCUUCUUCCCAAAUUCCACUAUCAGCUCUUAAGUCUUGCUGUCAUUCACAGAGAGGUUUUUUAUCCUCCAGGUGAGCUACCUCCUCUAGGUAGGCCUUCUCGUCAUUAUCUCAUGAUCUCCUGUAAGGAAGAAAUGACCUACCUGAAAACAACUCUAUAUAGGACAACAAACAAGCCUUACUGAUGGGGUGUCUCCAGAAGUUUUUUUUUAAUACUAAUAAUGUAUCAAAUGACCAUGUCUAAUGGGAAAGGUGUCACUUAAUCCCAUAGAUAUUACCACCAACUCUGCAGUUCCCUUCAAAGCUUUUUAGCAUCUUGUAGCUCACUGUUUUAGUUUUGCAGACCAUAAAACAAGGCACAGAGACCAUAAAACUGUGAUAAGCUCUGAUAAACCAAUUGUACACAACUUACCCAGUACCAAAGAACAGACACAGUUAGAUUUUACUGACAAAAAAAAAGAAAUAUAUGAGUGAAAGCUGCAUUGGGCCAUGUAUGAUUUUCUUUAAAAUAUGGAUAUGAAAGUUCAUGUGAAGUGUAUGUGAUUAGAAAAUAAUGGAUCCCUGUUGUAUAAUGUUUAAAUACAAAGGUGAUUGUGCAUUGGGAGGAGGUUCAGAUUCACGUGUCGUUUUAAAUGUCUGUUAAAAAGGAGCAAGCUGUUGACAGGUCUGAAAAACCUUCAGCUUUGUUUUCGUUAACACCACUCCCUCUCUUCACUCUCUAGCUUAUGGGCCCCAAAUAAAAGUCAUAUAUUCAAUGUUUCCACCAA